AUGGGGGUGGAGAGCCGCGGCAUGUGGCGCUCGGUGUCGCGGCCCUGCGCCAUCGACGACGAGGGAUGCGUCAUGAGCCACAGCUUUCCCAGGUACUACGGGGCGCAGGAGCACUGCCGCCUGGAAAUCGAGGAAGCCUUGGCGGGGCCCUUGCGGGUGACGGACUUCAACACGGAGCGGCGUCACGACUUCCUCACCAUCAACGGCAAGGCCUACAGCGGCACCGAGGGCCCUCAGGGGGUAGUGCCCCACGGGGACAUCGAGUGGAGGUCCGACCACUCCAUCUCCAAGCGGGGCUGGCGCCUCUGCCCGCCGCUGCCAGCUCAGGCCGCGGAACCCGCUAAGGCCGCUCCAGAAGCGGGCGAGGACGGAGACGGGCGCCCGGCUUUCCUAGUGUACGCGCCUGUGCUUCCCUUGGCGGCCAUCUGCCUCGCCUGCUAUUGUGGGCCCACAUGUCGCAGAGCCCUGCGCAGGUGGGGUUCGGCCUCAGCGCGGCAGAACGAGUUUGAUCAGGACCCUGGCUGCGGGGAUGUGGCCGACCUUUGCGGCGAGGAGGUGGUUGUGUUCGAAGAGGCCAGCCACGAACACCGCGAGCUCUUGAGGAGGGACGUGCCGGGCCCAUCAGGUGAGCCGGAUGCGGAUGCAGGCGAGGCGGAUGCAGGCGAGACGUCGGAAGCGGCCACCUGUGGGGGCGAUUUCGAUUUCGCCUGGGACGGAGUGAGAAAGAAGCUGCACCCCUUCGGCCAAGUGGAUAUGGGACAUAAGACGACCAAGCUGAGCCAAAGGCAGCUGGAGUCUGCGAUUCUGAGGCGCUGCGCCGCCGGCCGGGAUCGCUUGGACCGGAGGACGGCUGAUGGGGUGAAGAUCCUGAAGGUGAAGCCGGGCGAGGCCGGAUUUCCGGGAUGGCGCCGCAAAGAGGGGCCCGGGCCCGCGAAAGCGCGGGGCGGCGCUGAGUGGUACAUCCCACCCAACGCCGACCCGCGCCGCAGGAUGCUCUUCCUCCACGGGGGGAGCUACGUGGUCUACGCCCCCAAGGACGCGGUCUACCGGUCGCUGGCCUCGCGGAUCGCGAAGCGCUGUGGCCUCUGCGUACUGUCCUUGGACUACCGCCUGGCGCCGGAGCACCUAUUCCCCGCGGCGCUGGAGGAUGCGUCGGAUGCGCUGCAGUGGUUGGCCAUGAACGGGCCGCCAGGGCAAGGCUCCGGAGACUGCGACCUCUUUGUGUGUGGGGACAGCGCGGGGGGCGGCCUGGCCCUCUCGGCGUGCAUGGCACAGGCUGCGGCGGUGCGCGCCAAGCUGCGGGGCGUCAUCGGGCUUUCCGCCUGGACGGAUUUGACGGCAUCCACGCCGAGCUACGACAGCCGCCAGUGGAGCGCUGAGAAGUGUUCAGGUGACGCCGUAAAUGCUGGCGUGGACCGACAGAGCGGAAGAGAAGAGGCGGAGGCAUACUUGGGCCGUGGAGGUGUGCAAAAGCACGGCAAGGACUGGCGCGCCAGCCCCUUCUUCGCUCCUUUUGAGCGGCUCCGGAAGCUGCCACCAGUGCUGCUGCAGGUGGGCGACUUCGAGCUGAUUCUGGAUGAGUCGGUCUUCGGCUCAGCCCUUCUGAACUUGGCAUAG